ACUCUAGUCUUUUGGUUCGGAGACUUACAAAAGAUGACGACCAUCGUUUGUUAUAUUACCUCAUGCAUGUAGUGUCUAUAGGCCAAAUAAUGUUGAUUCUACUUGCGAUUGUGGGAUUAAUAAGCUAUUAUGUCUACAAGUCCAUAAUACCUCCACCGCCAAUUCCAUUGCGGGAGAGUGUUUCCAAGAAAUCUCCAAGAGUCAAGCUCAACGAUGGCAGACAUUUAGCCUACAAAGAAUUAGGGUUUCCAAAAGACAAAGCCGAAAACAAAAUUAUAGUCGUCCACGGAUAUGGAAAUUCCAAAGACGUCGAUUUAUACACCACACAGGAAAUGAUUGACGAAUUCAAGAUAUAUUUUUUAUUCUUCGAUAGAGCUGGUUAUGGAGAAAGCGAUCCCAAUCCAUCGCGAACGCUGAAAACAGAUACAUACGAUAUCGAAGAACUUGCUGACAAAUUGCAAAUUGGUCCAAAAUUCCACGUUCUAGGGAUGUCACUUGGUGCUUACCCUGUUUACGGUUGCCUCAAAUAUAUUCCUCAUAGACUAUGUGGAGCUUCAUUGGUGGUUCCAUUAGUGAAUUUUUGGUGGAGACGUAUGCCUCGAAAGUUGUUGAAUGCAGCGAUUCAGAAAUUACCAUUUGAGUUUCGAUUGACACUUCGAGUUGCACACUACUUUCCAUGGUUGUUAUAUUGGUGGAUGACUCAGAAAUGGUUUCCAAAUAGUCGGGAUCCCAAAAAAACUCUGACGGAACGCGACAUAGAACUCUCUCAAAUACAUGCAAAACAGGAGUCUGCUUUACGACAAGGUGAAUAUGUGAGCACACAAAGAGACAUCAUCGCGGGUUACGGAAAUUGGGAAUUUGAUCCAACCGAGUUGAGCAAUCCUUUUUCGGAUAGUAACAAAGGAUCAGUUCAUAUUUGGUGUGCACUCGCAGACAAACAGAUUUUGCGCGAGGUUCUACUCUAUAUAUGCGAUAAGCUGCCAUGGAUAAAGCUCCAUGAGGUCCCUGAAGGUGGACACUGGAUUAUCCAUGAGAAGCGGCAUUUCGAAGCCAUUAUCAAAGCUGCUUGUACUGAAUGAAUGAAGAGUCAAAAGAAAGAAAGCAAAAACUCUACAAACUUUGUAUCUAGGAUAACUAAGUUUGAGAAAAUUAUGGCUAUAUUAUACAGUAUGUUUCGUUUGACAUAAUAUUUCAUAAUCAAUAUAUAUUAAUAUGUAAUUGGUAUGCCUUAUA